AUGGAUCCGAAGCCAACCAUCAAUCAUAUCCCAUCUCCGGACUCAGAUUCCGGAGUGAACCUCUCUCGACCUUCUGGCAAGCUCGCGGGGAAGAAAGCUAUCAUCAUAGGAGGCGACUCAGGGAUCGGUAAGGCCGUAGCGAUUCUCUUCGCAUUGGAAGACGCUCGAGUAGUUAUCAGCUACCCCGCCGAAAGAGAAGAGGAUGCACAGAAUACUAAGGCGCAGGUGGAGAAGGACGAGGGUGACAUCCAUCUCAUCGCCAGUGAUAUAACCCAAGCCGCGCACUGUACCUCCUUCGUGAAUCGUGCGGUGGCGGUCUUGGGCGGUAUCGACAUCCUAGUCAAUAAUGCGGUCGCAAGGAAUGAGAAAGGAGACGUCGCUGAUAUCACCGAAGAUCAGUGGUCGGCGACUUCGCGCACUGACAUCAAUCCUCUUUUUCACGUCACCAAGGCCGUUUUGCCAUACCUAUCUAGCGGUGCGGUUAUCAUCAACAGUGCAUCAGUGGACGCUUACAUCGGAACCACUAGCCGUGAGGACUAUGCUGCCAGCAAGGGAGCCGUAAUCGCAUUUACCCGAGCGCUGUCUAACGAACUAGUGAAGAAGGGAAUCCGUGUUAAUGCCGUGGCCAUCGGUCCUGUUUGGCCUCCUCUCGUCACUACGGGAGUAAGCGAGCAAGGUAGAAAGGGGAAAGGUCUCGAGAACUCGACACCGAUAGAGCGACUCGGGCAGCCCAGUGAGAUUGCGACAAGCUACGUGUUUCUCGCGGGGAGCGAGAGCGCGUUCAUGAGCGGCCAAACAUUACACCCUAAUGGAGGUAUUGUCGUGGACGGCUGA